GACAUUCGUUUCAGUCCUUUUUUGCGCGAACUGGUAAGACAAGGCUGUAGAAGAAAUUUAGACCUGUGAGGGGCGUAUUGUAUGAUUUCACAUUUGCUCUUGUGAAGGUGAACCGAUUUUUUUCCUGUCGGAAUGGCAUCCUCUGGGAACAUUCAGGUGAAGGAGCUGGACAAGCGCGCCUCUGGGCAGGCCUUCGAAGUUCUCCUGAGUCCCACCAGUGGGGAUUCCAAGGGCGAAUUCCCCCUGACCAACCCCAAGAAGAAGGACGUGUCUUUGGAAGAGAUCCAGAAAAAACUGGAUGCUGCCGAAGAAAGGCGCAAAUCUCAUGAAGCAGAAGUGCUGAAGCACCUGGCAGAGAAGAGGGAGCACGAGAAGGAGGUGCAGCAGAAGGCGCAGGAGGAGAGCAGCAACUUCAGCAAGAUGGCCGAGGAGAAGCUCAACCAGAAGAUGGAGGCCAACAAGGAAAACCGCACGGCCAGGAUGGCAGCCCUGAAUGAGAAGUUCAAAGAGAAGGACAAGAAGCUGGAGGAGGUGCGGAAGAACAAAGAGACAAAGGACGACGAAAACUGAACAUGGGAUUUUUUUCAGGGAGGGUUUUGAUGUAUCUAAAGAUCUAUUUUUUUGUUCCCUCCUUUAUCUCUUCAGCCUUUCUCCAAAAAGGCUGGGCAGACAUGGAAAUUGUUUUUUAAUUCUCCUGUUCCUCUGUCCACAUUUACUACUGAUGGGCUUCUUCUUUUGUGUGCUUCACCAUCAGCCUCCGUCUGUUUAUACGCUUUCUCACUGCUUCUGAGCAAACUAAGUAAGCAAAGUUUCUACCCAUCAGACACUGUCAGAGUAGAAAGUGCUUGACUUAACAUUAGCGCCAGUAUAUUAGUCUGCUGUGGUGUUUAGACAUUGCUAGUCGUGCUUCUCCUGCUUGCCUUGCUGCUGUAUUUACUGUUUGGGGAGCUGAAUGCCGAAGUUAGUUUAGUACGAUUUAAAGCACAACUGUUUCUACCACCUUCCAGAGGGGCCUGAUGCUCUGAUGUGGCACAAAGGGUUCAUGCACUUUGGGGCAGGUUUGUGCAUAACUGGGUGACAUGACUGUGUUCUACAAAAUAAAAGUUUGAGAAAAUAA